AUGCUGAGCUUCUUUCGUAGAACCCUUGGGCGUCGGUCAAUGCGCAAGCAUGCUGAGAAGGAAAGACUCCGAGAAGCACAAAGAGCUCCCACACACAUUCCUGCAGCUGGAGACUCAAAAUCCAUUAUCACAUGUCGGGUAUCCCUUCUGGAUGGUACUGAUGUUAGUGUGGACUUACAGAAAAAAGCCAAAGGACAAGAGCUAUUUGAUCAGAUUAUGUACCACUUGGACCUGAUUGAAAGUGACUAUUUUGGACUGAGAUUCAUGGAUUCAGCACAAGUAGCACAUUGGUUGGAUGGUACGAAAAGCAUCAAAAAGCAAGUAAAAAUUGGUUCACCGUAUUGUCUGCAUCUUCGAGUUAAGUUUUAUUCCUCAGAACCAAAUAAUCUUCGUGAAGAGCUAACCCGGUAUUUGUUUGUACUUCAGUUAAAACAAGAUAUUCUCAGUGGAAAAUUAGAAUGUCCCUUUGAUACAGCAGUUCAGUUGGCAGCAUAUAAUCUACAAGUUGAACUUGGUGACUAUGAUCUUGCUGAACAUAGUCCUGAACUUGUAUCCGAGUUCAGGUUUGUGCCCAUCCAGACUGAACAGAUGGAGCUGGCUAUAUUUGAGAAAUGGAAAGAAUACAGAGGUCAAACACCAGGACAAGCUGAAACCAAUUAUCUAAACAAAGCCAAAUGGCUAGAGAUGUAUGGGGUUGAUAUGCAUGUGGUCAAGGCUAGAGACGGGAAUGACUAUAGUUUGGGAUUAACUCCAACUGGAGUCCUUGUUUUUGAAGGAGAGACCAAAAUUGGCCUGUUUUUUUGGCCCAAGAUAACCAGAUUGGAUUUUAAGAAGAAUAAAUUAACUCUGGUGGUUGUAGAAGAUGAUGAUCAGGGCAAAGAGCAGGAGCAUACAUUUGUCUUUAGACUGGAACAUCCUAAAGCUUGCAAACACUUAUGGAAAUGUGCUGUGGAGCAUCAUGCCUUCUUCCGCCUUCGAGGCCCUGUCCAAAAGAAUUCUCAUCGAUCAGGAUUUAUUCGACUAGGAUCACGAUUUAGAUACAGUGGGAAAACUGAGUAUCAGACCACAAAAACCAAUAAACCAAGAAGAUCAACAACGUUUGAAAGACGGCCCAGUCAGCGGUAUUCUCGAAGAACUCUACAAAUGAAAGCAAACACAGCAAAACCUGAAGAACUCAGUGUUCACAAUAAUACUUCAACCCAGAGUGAUGUCUCCCAACAGGCUUGGGGUGUCAGACCUACUGUACCUGUGAUGCCUUCCUCCCCUUGUGGUCCUGUGCUGAUAGAGAUCGAGACUCUUCCAAGGGAUCCUGGAGUAGACCUGAACGACAGGAAAUGUUUGCCUCUGAAUAUUAAUUUGCUAGAUAGCCCAGACUUACUGGAAACAACCAUUGAUGACAGAAUUGGGACACCUGGCGCUAUGCAACCAUCUCAAGCACCAUCGGAAAUUCACUUUACUCCCAAGCAGACUGGAUUCCAGGAACUUGAAGUUGAAUGUGGGACCCUGAAAGAUGUCUCGGAGAAAUUCAAACAGCUUGAGAUGGAAACCACUCCUUUGGCAGCCUCACUUCCCAGCAUAGACGUUAACGUGAACAACCAGGUGGAAGUAGUGAAGCUGACUGAGAAAUGUCUUAAUAAUGCAAUCGAGAGCCCAGGAAUGAAUGCCGUAAGAGUCCCUCCUGACUUCAAGAGUAACAUUUUGAAGGCUCAAGUAGAAGCAGUGCAUAAGGUUACAAGAGAAGACAGCUUGUUAAGUCAUAAAAAUUCCAGUGUUCAGGAUGUUGCUGCAAACAGUGCUCCAUUCAAUGAGAAUAAAACGUCCCUCCCCAAAGAUCCUCUUGUUUUGCUGCCUACCACGCCUACAGAAAAUGGUUCUGUUCUAAAGGAUGCUACAGAUGAAUUGGAUGCCUUACUUUUAUCUCUAACUGAGAAUUUAAUUGACCAGACCACCAUACCUCAGGUAUCUGCAGCAUCCAUGAUCACACCCCGUUGGAUUGUGCCACAGAGUGGUGUCGUGUCUAAUGGACUUGUAGGAGAUGGGAUGGCCUUGGCUCAGAAUGAGGGGUAUGAUAAUAAAGAAGCAAUCUCAUUGAUCUCUCCCCCAGCACCAUUCUUAGUGGAUGCUGUGACCAGCUCUGCUCCGACUUUGGCCAAAGAAGCCUUCUUGAAGCAGAAGUGUUUACUGACCACUGAGCUCUAA